AUGAAAAUUGAGAUAGCCAGAGAAAAAUUUCUCUCCAAUUUUGAAGUUCAGCAGGCUCUUGUGGAAAUUCAAAAACAGAACAGAUGGGGCUUGUCUUCGAAAACAAGAGUCGACAAGUUUGACAAGAACAUUCGAAACUCUCAUUUGGCCAAUUUGGAGCGUAUAACCAUGGAUCUUUCUUCGUAUUUAGAUAAAAGCUUUGCACAAGAUGCACGAGUUGAUAGCUUUGUCGAACUUAUAAAUUUUUUAAAUGGUUUUGAACUAGUCAAGGUGGAGAAAUUACAAAUGGUCAACCUAUUACCAAGAUCGUUGGUGUCUGUGUAUUCUAUAAUAGAGGAAUGUGAUAGCCGAUUCACCGAAGAUGAGUGUGAGUCGAUGCUGAACAAAAUUGAGGAACUAUUUCCAGUCAAGCAGGAAAUUGUUCCUGAUCAGGACGGUGACCUAUCAAUAUCAAGAACCUAG